ACUUUCGGUAUGUAAAUGAAUACAGAACGAACAACUUUCAGAUGGCGUCGUCUAAAAAUUAAUUUUUUGUCGGUAUUGGUUUCCAAAAACGUCAAACAUAAAGAUAAUAGUUUGAAUUGAAUUGGUAAUUAGAGUUAACUAUAAAAUGUAAACUAUAAGACGUCUGUUCGAACUAUCACCUUUGUAUUGUACGAAUUUAGUAUAUUCAUUUGAAUUUUUUAUACUGAAAAGUAGAUUUUUUAUCAUGCACUGUAUUCGUGAUACGUCGAUUAAUCUAGCACGUUUCCUGUGUCUACAACUACAAAACUAUUUCUCCCUUAUGAUCUCGGGGUCAACUAUAUUGUUUGUAUAUUUCAUCGUAUAUGGCUAUUACACAAAUUUAGGUUAUAUCUAUAAACUGGUUUAUCUAUUUUUGCGAAUUACUAAUUUAUUUUACUGUGAUAGUGAUUUUGUUUUCGAAAUAUGUGUUCAUUAAUUAAAAGUAGUGAGUUUAAAUGUCAGGUUCCAGCCCGAUUGGUAUUGUAUCUAUUAUCAUGGUCCGGCUUCUUGGUUUCAUUUAUGAUGAGAAACGACAUAAACAUAGCCAUCGUGGCUAUGGUAAACGAACCAGUAAGAACUAAUACAACUUCAUCUAACGAGUAUUGCUAUUCAGUAGAGGAAUCUAGUGACAAUAUUGCGCCAGUGGAGUACGGUGGCACACUUCAAUGGCCUAGUAAAGUACAAAGUUAUAUUUUGGCCUCGUUUUAUUGGGCCUAUAUUAUAUCCCAAAUAGUUGGCGGCUUGGCAACUCAAAAAUUGGGAACUAAACGGGUAUUCGGUUAUGCCCAAUUGGCGACAGCUUUUUGCAGUAUUUGUAUACCUUGGGCGAGUGAGACUCAUUUCGGUUUGGUGAUAAGUUUGCGAUUCAUACAAGGAUUUGCAUCGGGUUUAACUUGGCCUGCUAUGUAUGCCCUUGUGGGGCAUUGGAUACCAGUUCCAGAACGAAGUAGGUUUAUGUCUAGUUUUCAAGGUUUCAGUAUUGGUAUUGGAAUAACUUAUCCCCUGUGCGGAUUUCUCAUCGCCCAUCUAGGUUGGCGCUCAGUAUUCUAUACAACAGGCUCAAUAGGCAUCAUUUGGUGUCUCAUUUGGUACUUGCUGGCAUUCGACAGUCCAGAAAUACAUCCUCGAAUAAGUUUAAGAGAACAACAGUAUAUUAAAGAAAAUACUAACAAUACAUACGAAAAUUCCAGGACGCAGGUAGUACCCUGGAAGAAAAUUUUAACGUCUCCAGCAGCUUGGUCGAUUGGCAUCACUAAUUUCGGCAGGAUUUGGGUACAUUAUAUUUUUAUAGUGUCCGGACCGACUUACAUGAAAAGUAUACUUGGAUUUAGUAUUGAAAAGAACGGUUUGCUAUCGGGAGCACCAUUCAUUUGCAGUUAUGUAGCAUCAGUAUUUUUCUGUUAUAUAGCAGACAAACUCAUUACCAAAAAUUACAUGUCCUUGACGAACGUACGCAAACUUAUGACAGCCUUAUCUCAAAUAGUACCUGGAAUUUUGGUAGUCGUCAUCAGUUAUAUAGGUUGUGACAUCAACUUGAUUCUCGUUGUUUGGUUCCUAGCUGUCACUCUUGUUACAGCUUCGUAUGCCGGAGCUAUGGCCAACGUUGUAGAUAUAGCUCCAAAUUUCGCAGGACCGGUACUAGCUUUUGCUCAAACGAUACACAUGAGCGCAAGUUUUAUUAGUCCCCUCGUAACGUUUCACAUGUUGGAAGGUCAAGAACAGAACAUGUCGGCUUGGAGGAACGUUUUUUACGUUUCCUGUUUUGUAACUGUUGUUACGUAUAUUUCUUUCCAAAUAUGCGGUACUGGAGAUGUUCAGUCUUGGAACUAUGACGGUCUCCCGAUAACCACUCCGGAACAAGAGGAAUUGAUGAAUGGAAAAUCGCCCGAAAAGAAACCCACCGUUGUUAAAGAUGACCCAAAUGAAAUUCAAGCGUAAAUACUUUAUUUAUAGAUUAUAUAUGAAUAAAAUAGAUAUAUACUAAUAUAUACAAAAUUAUUAAUCAAAUAAUACACAGUUUUAGAAAAAAGUUUCUUCAAUUAAAAAUCGAAUAUUCUA